ACUCUGUACUUCAGUAGUCCUGACUAUUAAAAAUUUGUUCAGGCUUGGGUUUAACUUAAUUUUACAAUUUUUUUUUAAAAUUUUUUUUGCUGUUUUUGUUAUUACUCAUCAAGUUUCGUAAAAUCGCGCCUGAAGUACUAAACCAAAUUUAAUCGCACCUGGUAUUUUCCCGUUUAUCAUCUAUCUUUAGUAGUACGUGACAUGUACGUUCCGAAAUUACACUAAGAUGUCUGAUGCCAUACCACCUCUGAUACCCGAAACUCCACCUCCCAUGACCAAAUUGGAUUGGGAAGAUGAUGAGGAUUUUAUGGACUAUCCUCAUCUGGCAUUGGAAUUGCCUUCUGAGUCUAGUUUAAGUCCAGAUGGUGGGUGGAAUCCUAUUGACGAAUUAUCACUUCCUUAUGAUGGCGAUGUUGUCCAUAAACCAGCAGUUUGUAUUGAAACAAACACUAAUGACAGUUUGUCAAAACAGCCGUCAAGUAUUGCAAAGAAUGAUUUAUCUAUGGUAUCACCAUUAUCUGAACAAGGGUCUAGUAUACAUCAAAAUGAUUUAUCCAUAUGGAAAGAUGAAAUUGAUGUGUCUUGGGAAAGUAUAAAAAAAUUAACGACCAAUGACAGUUGUGAUAUUGUCAGUGAAAUAGACUGUAAUACAGAGAUCAAACAAGAUGAAUCCUCUGAAAACAUAAUACAUAAUAAUAGGGAAAUAAUUAAUGACGAGCCUCAUGAUGACUUGUCUUUAACUUCUGAACAAUUUAUUAGUGACAUAGUAAAAGUUAAAAUUAAUAUACCACAAUAUUUACCAAAUUUAGUACUUGAAUUAAACAACUCUGAAGUGUAUGAGGAUAAUAAGGUUUAUCAGCCUGAAACCAAUGCUAAUUUUGAAAAAUCAACUGAUCAAAAUACAUUGGUUAAUAGUCAAUUAGAGCGUGUAGAUAUGGAAGAAUCGUCCAAUCAAAUCAAUUGUGUUCAAAAUGUUCGAUUAGAAGAUUUAAAAAAUGACAUAAGUGAUACUGAUACUGGCAUCUAUGCAAUGUUAGUUGAUAAUUUAUCAGUUAAUAAUAAUAAUAAUAACAAUAACAUGAUUAAAAAUGAUCUAGAAGAGUAUACAGAGUUCUGUGAUUUUGAAACUGAUUUGCCUCAUUCUUUAAAUGUGCCUUUACCAAACAGAACAUCACAAGAAUAUCGUGACACUAUUGAAAAACCUCAAACUGUUGAUCAACAUGAUUUUGAGGAAUCAACUGUUACACAAUUUAAUGACAAACACAAUGAAGUAUUGAAAAAUAUUUCCAUAUUAGUUGAGAAUGAAAUAGAGCAAAGUGUAGAAUCAAUUAAUCCUAAUUGUUCAACAUUUCAAUAUAAUGAAAUUAAUGUUGAACAUAAUUCAGAAUCUGAAUUUGGUGAAUUCUCUGACUUUCAUGUAUUUUCAAAUUCAACUUCAAAAAAGAAAUCAUUAUGUGAUAUAAAUGACGACGAUUUUUGUAAAUAUGAAACUUUCAAACAAGAGUUGAAUAAAACAGAAGAGUUCAAACAUUCCAAUGUUGAACAAGUGAAUUUUAUAACCAGUAAUGAUAAUAAUUCAAUGUUGAAAUCUGAGAACCGAAAUAGUUUAAUUAACAAUGAUGAUGAUGAUGAUGACGACAACUUCUGUGAUUUUGAAUCUGGAUUCCCUACAUCAGGUCUUCAUACAAUUAGUGAUCAAGCUAUAGAUUUAAAACCAAAUUAUGCAAUAUUAGAUUCAGAGUCACACGUUCAACUUGAUUAUAAACAAUUUUGUAAGGACGCUUUUCAAGGAGAUUAUGAGUUAUGUGAGGAAACUGAUUUGCAAAACUUAGAUAAUGAGCUAAAUGAUUCUCAAGUGUGGCAGAGUUUAAAAGAUGUAGACUCAAGUCCAGCCCUUAACUAUAAUUGGACCAAAUCUGAAUCAAAUAAUGUUUUCCUUGCUUCACUCUCGAUUGAUUCUAGAAACAUAUUGUAUGGUGCUUCUUGGAACCCAAAAGUCCCUAGGUUUGCUGCAAAUAUGUCUAACAAUCCAUUGGAACCAUUAAAAGCUUCUAACAAUGACACAAAUGAUAUAAAAAUAUCGCAAUCUUUUUCCAAUGGUCCAAUUCAGGAUAUAGUACCAGACCCUGAAUUCGACUGGAAAAGCAGUGGCUUAAUAAAUCCAUUGGACUGUAAUCAUACGUCGCUACUUGAUCUCGAACUUCUCGAUACACUUGCACCAUGCUGUACAAAUGCUCUUCAGCCUCAAACAUGGAAAACAUCUGAGGUUGUGAAAGAAGAAGAAACACCCAUUCAAAGUAGUCCUGAAAGUGUAGAUGUGUUUGAUGAGUUUUUCAGUUCAUCAUUACCAUCAUCAUCCCACAAUCAAUUAAUAGAUACCUUUGAAAGUCCAAGUUCUCUCAUAACAACAGUGAGUCAUGAAGCACAAAGAAUUUUGGAUAAUUUGCCUGAUUUCAAGGUAUUGCAAAAACCUUAUUUAGUAAUAUUAGAAAAAGAAAACAAUUUAUUUCUGAAAUAAUUUUUUUAUGUAAACAAUAUUAUAUAAGAAUGCUAGAUCACUGCAACGAGAAAGAAUUUCUUCAAUUUUUUCUCGUUUAAAUAAGUCCAUUAUGUGCAAUAAGUUAUACUAAUCUGUCCAAAUUGUUUUCAUUUGUAAAUUAAUUUAAUAACCAUUUACUGUUAAUUAUAUGUAUUCCUGUUAGUUUAUUGAUUUUAUCAUCAAAAAAUCUUCAUUAGUUCCAAUAUUUUUG